AUGCCUCGCGAAAGCAGUUCGCACGCGGGCGAAGGAUUUCGCCGCAUGAAACUACGCAAGAAGACCGAAAGACCUUCCAGUUGGUACAGAGCUCCAGAAAUCCAAGAGAGAGGUAGAACCUUGGAGCGCGCCUCGGACCAAGAAGGUCUCGAAUCGGGCAUUGGACUGGGUAUCAGUUUUUCAGACUCAGAGAGUGAUCCGGAGGAGACGGCAGACUCAGAAUUGCUGGGCGAAGAGAUGGCAGACGAUCCCAAGAUACAGAACUACUCGUCCAGGCAGCCGACUUUGUUUAUCAGACGCAACACAGAAAGAGCAGAGCAAGCAGUUCUUCCUCGCCCUGAUGAUCCGGUAUUGGCAAUCCAGAAGCUUCUCACGGAAGGUGGAGCAUUGCUUCGCACAGGACGCGAUGAGGACGAGGGACUCAUGUGUGUGAGUGUUAAUGCAGUGCGCAUGGUCANNGAGAGGGACGCAGACGCGAACGCGAAGAAGGAAGAGCACCAACAAGAACUAGACCAAUUCGUCGCCAACUUUGAGCAGCUUCAGCACGAGGAUCAGCUUGUUCCUGAGGAAUCCAACGACGCCCAACUCGCCAAAGAGACCGAAUUCGAGAGUGUACCGAGCACCGACGGCGUCCAAGAGUCAAGCCUCCGCCAGAGUCAAGCAUCCUACGGCGGCUACAUCGUCAAGUCUGAUAGCGACAGUGACAGCGACAGCGUCAAAUCAGCCGGCUCUGACACUUCGUCGCGCACGGCCUUCCGCGUCAGAGACCCCAACACUACACCAAGACCUGGCGACAUUGGAAACACCAACAGUCUAGGAAAGAGCCACUCGUCCGCUGCGCGUCCACUGCCGCUUCCUCCUACCUUCCCUUCGGACCUCCUCGAACCAGGCCAUCCCGACGAUGAUGAAGAGUUUGUCUCGCUGAACGACCCUUCCAUCAGACACCACCUUGCGCGUGCCCUCUCCAACAUCUACUCUGGUGACAUGGCCGCUCAGAACCCUGCCAUGGCCAACUCGGCUGCACCCUACACCCUCGGAGGUGGCAUGCCUUCAGCCGGCCACCACAGCGACAUGCAGCACAUCUGGUCUCUGGUCCAAGAAUUGAGUUCUGUCUUGCAACAGAACCGCGAGCAAUACGACGAGCUGCAGGACGGUCUCGCUCGUGCCCAGGUACACUUCAACCACAGGGACAUGGCAAAGAUGCUUGGAUUGCUCACACGCUUCGUUUUAGNNACCAGGCCCCUUGAAAACGGUGUCCUGACCAAUGGAGAUGCUAAUGGUACGGUCAUUCAUGCUUCUGCUCUAAUACUGAAGCUUUGUCGCUCUUUGCAGNUCUCUCAUGCCCCUCAUGCUCCUUCUGAUAUCGACACGACCGCCCUCCAAGCCCAAUUGUCAGACGCAAUGUCCCGAAUCACCGAACUAGAAACAGAGUGCAAGGAAGCCAACGAAGUCAUUGACUACGCCGAAGAGGUAGUCGAGAAGUUCAAGCUACAAAUCCAAGAUUAUGCACACAGUCACCAGACCGCAACCAUUGCCCUACACGCACACUACAACUCGCUGCUCGAAACGUCGCGCAACGAAACCAUCCAAGCCCAACUCACACACCAAAACUGGCAGGCCUCGUUGCUGCGCCUAGCUGAGAACCUACGUCUGGCCCACAGCGCUCAUGAAGAAGGCACUCUACCCUAUCGUCGUCGUAUCGCUGCUCUGAAGGAGGAAAACCGCAUCUUGCGCGCCAAAGCUGGAUGGGAACCUGCCAGUGACAGCGAGAACAGCGAUGACGAAGACGACGUCUUUGACGAAGGCAUUGAGGCCGGCUCUUCUUAA